GGGAGCCGCUGUAACUGUCGAUGAACUUCAGUGAAGAGGGAAAAGUUGGUAAAGAUGCAUCGAAACUGAGAAACUGUCCAGUAGCCGGACUCCAGUUCUCUGCAGCGGCUCACAGCUGAACCGUUUGACCCAGUCUGAGGAGCAGCGGGACCGGGAGGUCUAAACAGCUCUUCAGAAAUGAUUCACCUGAAGACAAAGAGGGAUUUUUAAAAAACCAAUCACAGCCUAUUUAUUGGGAGUUUUCUGGUUUCAUUCAUUGCUGCUCCAGUGACAGAGGACAAUGACUUUUUUAAUGAAAAAGAAGAAGUUCAAGUUUCAAGUGUAUUUCACACUAGAGGAGCUCACGGCGGUGCCGUUUGUCAACGGGGUGCUAUUCUGUAAGAUCCGGCUGAUAGAUGGUGGAGACUUCGCUGUGACGUCAUCCAGGGAGGAGGUGCAGCAGAACUGCGUUCGAUGGAGGAAGAAGUUUUCCUUUGUGUGUAAAAUGAGCGCUAACCCGAUCACCGGUGUGUUGGACCCCUGCAUCUGCAGGAUCUCUGUACGCAAGGAGCUCAAAGGAGGAAAAACCUUCUCAAAGUUAGGUUUUGCUGAUCUCAAUAUUGCAGAGUUUGCUGGAUCAGGCUCCACAGUUCGCUGCUGCAUCCUGGAGGGUUACGACACCAAAAACACUCGACAGGACAACUCCAUCCUCAAGGUAACAAUUGACAUGACUCUUCUGUCUGGGGAUCCCUGCUUUAAAACGCCCCCCUGCACAGCCAAAUCUGUCUCCACGGGGGACCAGGACCCCACCCUGCAGCUGGACUGUAAGGGAGAGAGCACUGAUGCCACACUGCAGCCACUGGGCGGCAUCGUGGAGGGAGCCCGCGCCUUCAAACCCAGACAGUCAUCGGUACGAAGCUCAGGGCUGCCUGAGGAGGGGGAGAGUGUCUCCAGUCCAGAGGAGGUCUUUCACACCGGUCACUUCCGCAGCGCCAGCUAUGCCAGCCAGCACAGCAAGAUAUCAGGCUACAGCACAGGUCACUCUCGCUGCUCCAGCCUGACUGACCUCAGUCACCAUAGAAACGCCUCCUCCAGCAGCAGCACCUCCUGCGGGGUCGCCCACCCUGCUCAGCCGCAUCCCUCCACCCCCACCGAGCAUCACAGACAAGCAACUCCUACCAAACCAGAGAGGCCUCCUCCACCCUCUGCAGCAGCCCUCAUGUCCAACAGGUCCUCCAGGAGGAAGAAGGACACCGUGCAGAGGCAGCCCAGCUGUGUGGACGACACUCGCAUCGAUGCAGACGACAUCGUGGAGAAGAUCGUCCAGAGCCAGAACUUCUCUGACAGCAGCAACAAUGAAGACAGCAACUUGAGACUGUUUGUUAGUAAAGAUGGGACCACUGCCCUCAGUGGGACUCUGGCCAACAGAGGAACACCUGGUGUGUUUGAGCCGGUCGUCAUCGAGUCUCACUGACUGACACAUGAACUCAUCUCCAGCCACAUCAGCGUGUUACCGACUCUCUGAUCGUCUGUGAGCAUGUGCGCGCAGCUCGAUAUAAGACUACUAUGAUACAGAUAUUGAGCCUUUCUGCUUUAUUUAAUCAGGUGGUUGAAAGUGUAUUUAACACAGCUACUGUAUUUUCUCAAAUAGUAGACGGGGCUUUUGUUUUUACCUCAGACGAAGAAAGAGCAGUUAGCAUUAGUGUUAGCAUCAGGCUAGCUGCUGAUACCGAGGUGUCCAUAAAUACUGAAUUAAUUCCUUUGCAUUAAUAUGUGGACUGUUGUCCCUUCACCACUGUGUUAUGCAGCUGUGAUGCUGUAUUUGAACAAUACUAACCAGCAUUAGCAGUGUUAGCAGUCGUCAGUUAUGUGCCUGAUGCAAACUAAACACUAAUAGUACAGAGAUUAGUUAUUAUUUUAAAAGGAGAAACACCAGUGACUCCUUUUCUUCUGGGCUAUAAUUUAAUUGCCAGAUUCUAUUUGAGAAUUUACAGUAAUCCAAUAAUUAUUUCUUUACACUGGGUGUGUGUCAGACCUGGCUCCUGGAACAUCUGGAGAAUCACUUGUAAAAGUCUUUGUUCACUGUCGUCCCUGACUGGAGGUGACACUACAGCAACUCACAAGGCAGCAGGUCGGUUUCAGAGCAGACAUGUAUACAUGUCACAGUAGGAAAAUCACAGGUAUAAAUUAUAAAAUGAAUCAUGUCUGAAUUCCAUUCAGCUGCAGCAGUUUCAUGGUGGUGCAGUGGUUAGCACCAUCGCCUGGGUUCUGUGUGGAGUUCACAUGUUCUCCCUGAGCCUGUGUGGGUUUUCUCCAGCUUCCUCCCACAGUCCAAACACCUGCAGGUUAACUGGUGACUCCUUCCUGUUGGUGUGAAUUUGAGUGUGAAUGUUUGUUUGUCUCUAUCUGUCAGCCCUGUGAUAAACUGGUGACCUGUCUAGGUGUACUGCGCCCUCGCCCAAUGUCAGCUGGGAUUGGCUCCAGCCCCCCUGUGACCCUUAAAGGAUAAAGCGUUAUUACUACUGUGUGUGAAUGAAUGAAUGAAUGCUUGCUUCAGUGUCAAUGUCCCAGUUUAUCAGGACACGACUUUGUUAAUAUUCCUGAGCUUUUCCUAAUGUCCAAAAUGUCUGCCGUGAGUACUGUGUUGUCGUCAGUUGCCAAGUGACAGUCUACUCAUCAGCUGAAAGUCAAAUAUGACAAAAAAAAAAUCAGAUUUUCAGAAGACAGACAGCUGCAGGUAAUAAAGUCAGUAAUUAGUCUGUUUGAUGAAGCUGUGCUGAUUAGCAACCAUACUGUGACAGGUUAGUGACCUCUGCUGUGAUCCAGUUCCCUGUACUGGGAUCCUCUACAGACUGAAAAGAGGACCACUCUGAAACACACCCAGUGACUCUUUGACCAGUGCCAAGAAUUAGAACCAGAAAUUACUUGAACAAUACCCUGAAAACCACCACAGUGUGAGAAGUGUAGUCCAACACUGAAAUAAUGCUGCGUUCAGGAGCACCUUGUCAACUCUGAAAGUCGAACGUUUCCGAGUUUAUCACCAGGAAGUGGUACCUGAUCACCUGACAAGUCAGUAACACCUGUGGUAAAGUCAGGCCAUGAGUCCUCUCGAUGGACAACUGGAAACAGUGUUUAAGGUUCAUCUCUAUAUAAACUCAUGUGACAGCCUGUUCACUGCUCUGGCUCACUUUCUGGUUUAACCACUGACUGACGACCUCACAAAUCAAGCAGCUGGUGAAUGUGUGGUGAUAAUUUUCUGACUUUACAAGUUGACGAGGACUCAGCAGCUGCAGCACCAGAGCCGUCAGAGGCUCUGACUGAGGGCAGACUGGAACUGAAAGCUUUAUGAUAUUUUAAUGCUAUUUGAUGCCUGUGUACAGUAUGUACUUCUAUAUUUUGCACAUGUGUACUCUGUGGGGAGGAUUGUUAGAAACCACUAAAAUGAAACGGAGAUGGUACAGUUUUCUAAAAUGACAUCUGACAUGUUCUUUUUUAAAAUGUCUUUAUUCUUUUCCGCAUUUCAUGCCAUUGCUCUUUUUAUCAGACAAAAUGCUCUUAGGAGACAGCAUCCUAUGUUCAUAUGGCUGGCCGUAUGGAACCGUCCACUCCCUGUACUUACUAAGUCCUUACUCUUUGAAUCUGAAUCUGAAUGCUCUUAUCGACUUAUCAAGAAUGUGAGCUUGUUGUGAUGUGCUCACUUGCCUGAAUUCUAAAUGUUAUUCACCUUUUUCAAGCUUUGGUCGAAUGUGCUCAAGUUCAUGUCACAACUCUAUAUGCAGAUUUAUUAUAUGAAUGGUUUGUCCAUAAAAACCUUUUUACUUGUUGAAAAGUUCCUUAACUGAUUUUUGCAGAAAGUAAGCUGAAAAUAUAUUAUCACUUAUCAAUCUCGGUCAAGGUCUUCCCUCUCUUUUAGCUCUAUGUUUGGUCUCCACCAGGUCAUGAGGGAAAUAUCUGGGGCUUGUUGCACAAAACACCUUAAGUUUUCUACAAAAGUAUGACACUUUAAGGUUUAAUUUCGCCUUAGCUGAGUGAGUUGAGGGUGUUGCACAGAAUAUCUCAAAAGUUGUGCUUAGUUAAGUAAAAAUGAAGUGAAAGAUUUUAAAGUGAUCAAAUUUUACUGUUUCCAUGGAGACAGUUUGUGUGCUGGCGAUAGCGCUUGUGAUACAUAUAUACAAUAUACUCCUGGUUCUGAUUGUACAAUACAUAUUAAGUUUUCUACUUAAUCAUGACACUUGAGGUUUGAUCUCUCCUUGGUUGAAGGAGUUGCACAGAAUUUCUUAAAGGGUUCAUUUUCUUCAUUUAUUGGCAGAAACAUGGUCAUGUUGCGCUUAAGAUAGCGUUUUAAGUAAUCUUAAAUACUUGUGAACAUUUUAGGGAAACCUUCACUCUACCAACUGUAGGUGUUUUGUGCAACUGACCCCUGGGAUCUGUUUCGUUUUAUUCAUUUAUUCCUGUAAACUCAUGUUACAGUUAAGAUAGAGUCAGAGGCACCUUUAGUUUUUUGCCUUAUUUUGGUCGCUUAGGUUGUCUAUGCAACAGGUUCACUGACUUCAAGUGAUUCCUUAUGAAGUGAUUUUAAGGAAACCUUAACUUAAAGGUGUUUCAUGUAACUUUUUUUAUUUUAAGGAAACCUUAACCUUAAUCGAACCUAAUCUAACAAGAAUCAAACUUAAGGCGUUUUGAGCAAUCGGCCCAGCUGGUCUCUGACUUCAUGUAACUUUAUUGGCGCUUUCAGAGCCUGAGAGACGGUCUGAGAGAGAAAAAGUGUAACAAUGCAGAGUCUAGUGAUAAUCCUGUGUGGGUUUGUCACUGCCAUCGACCAACUUCACAUUACACAUGGUCGUUUGAUCCAUUGUUAUUAUUUGAAAAAUGAUGUGUGCCGCUUUAAGAUUGACUUUACUGUUGAUUUACCUGUUUGGAAGAUAUGAUUGGCAUAUGGAUCAGUGACUGAUAAUCAGCUGACUGCUGCUGGACCAAAUAGUCUCAAUAUAUCAAUUUAAGUCAGUUAAUGGACCUACAGGUUCAUUAAUGUACUUUACUUCAGACAGAGCUUCAUGCACUUUGUAGUUGUAGACAGUUUCUGCUUUCAAAGGUUGCUGCAAUAUGGUGUUGACUGUAACUCACAGUGGAUUAAAAACUAUUUUUCAUAUCACAGUGGAGUGGCCUGUGAACACUGUAAACUGUCCUUGUCCCAGUGCACAGAGCUGACUGUGACACUGUAGGUGGGGGUUGACUGAGGUCAGUCGCUCAGCUGCAGCAGCACAAAGCUCCUGUUGUACCAGGACUGACAGUAUACAAUAGAUCCUCACCCCCAUCUGACUCAAGUGUGUGUUUGUAGUGUUUGUGGUCUGCAGUAUGUGUAUGUUAAUGUCUGUGUUGAUGCUGUACUGUAUGUGUGAAUAUGCCACCGUGUGUGUGUGUGUGUAUCUUUCCUCUAGUCCUUUAAUCCCUGGUUAAUACUGGCUACAUGCUGCAUUAAUGCUGUGCAGGACACUGUGGGAAACUUAAUGUGACUCCAGCCACAGCAGAGUUUUCUAUUUCUGCCCACGCCAGAGAAAACCCCAGGGGCUGGCUGCACAAAACACCUUCAUUUUUCUACUUAAGUAUGAUACUUUAAUUUCUCCUUAACUGAAGGAGUUACUUAAAAGUGUUGCACAGAAAUUCUUAAAAGGUUUCCUAAGUAAGAAAAAAAGUUAAGUAAUUUACAGCAGUAAAAUUCUAUUGUUUUGAUGGAGACUGUUGAUUGCUGCCAUUAGCUUGUGAUACCUGUUAUCACUUUUAACAUGAAACUGCAGAGCAACCACUGACUGCAGGUCAGAUCUGUGAUGUAGAAUCAGUUCCUCAUUGUUAAAGGUCCAUUGUGUUCUCCCACUCUUCUUGGGAUGUGUUAAUUUUCUUCAUUUAUCACCUGUUGCAGUAAAGACAGAGUCAGAGGUGCAUUUAGUCUUUUCCCUUAGCUUGGUGCUAAGGCCUUUUGUGCAAUUGUGUAACUGACUUUAAAUGAUGCCUUAAGUAUAAGACCAAUAUAUAUAUAUAUAUAAUAUAUAUAUAUAUAUAUAUAUAUAUAUAUAUUAUAUAUAUAUAAUAUUUUAAGGAAAGCUUAAGGAGGAGGUGUAUGGUUGUUUUGUGUAACUGUUUUUAUUUUGAGGAAACCUUAACUCAUACUUUAAGGGAAAUCUUAACUUAAGGUGUUUUGUGCAACUGGCCCCAGAUACUGUAGUUCUCUGUAUCUGUGUACAUGGGGUCAGUCCCUGUCCAUAUAGAACAUAUGGGGUUCCACGGAGAGAACCUUGUUGCACAUUUAUCCCUCCAGUCUGUUUUCCUUUUACUUCCAGACCAGCAGGCUGGUCUACAGAUUUGUACAGAAUUGUAUGUUUAAGCUAAUGUGUUAUGGUGAGAUGGGAACGUAUAAACAGUUAUUAUUUACAGUGGAGGGUGUGGUCAUUACAGUAAAGGGAACCAUGUUGGUGAAUCAUUUGCAACUGUGAUUUGUUCUUUACUUAUUCUUUCCUUUGCACUUGACCAUGUGUAGCCUGUGAUAUUAUUCCAUUAUUAUACAACUGAAUGUUUUUUAUGCAUGUGGUGAAUGGGAUUUUUCUCUCUUGAUUAUUUUAAAUUAAAGUGAAUUGUUGAAUAAUUACAUUGGGAAUAUGCUGCAUUAGUGGUUGUGGUACUGAAAGAGAAUAUAAAACUUAUUCUGACUUUUGUAAUUUAUUAAAUUCAAACUAAAGAAGGCCAAUACUUGUGAAAUUAUGAGAAUAAUAAUAAAUAUAUGCAUAUAAAACACAGCAUUAAUAUGUUAAACCAACUGUGUUACACAAUGUUCUAUCUAAAUUCUUGGUACAUUUGUUUUUCUUUUUAAAGUUGAUGAUGGAGUUCUUUUCUUAACACAUUGUAACUGUAACUGCUGGUAAACACAUGUAAGAGUCACAUCAACAAGUGAUCUGCUCUAUUGAUAUUAUCUGUAUGUAAACGACACCAGUGUUGAGGAGCAAUAAAGUUUGAUUUGCAUAAACAAACCAAAUAAAGUGGUGAAACCUGGAA